AUGAAAAGGCAACAAUCUAUGCCACCCACCACGCGGAACAACGUGGACCCGGAACUACCGGAGUUGGUGGAAGAAGCGGAAGUGAUCCCGGAAGUGGUAACCAAAACGGCAGCUGCUCCCAUCACGGAACGAGUCACAUGGCACAAUAGUUCACGAACGGAACCGGAUGGGAUGAAUCGGAAAUCUAUUCCAGGGCAAAAGAUGGGUGUGCAUUUUGAGAAAUCGUCCACAUUGCCGCUGAAAAACUCGAACGAUGGCAACGAGGAAAAACGGAAAUCACGCCUAUCCCGACAGGUCACAUUGCAAGAUUCACCGGAAGUUUUCAGUGAAUCGGAGGAUCUGGGGCAAGUGAACGGGGGACAUAAAUUGCGCAAACACCGAUUGAAGAGGCAUUCGAUCAGUUUGAGCCGCAUAAACAGUUACGAUUCGACAAACGAGGUUGAAGCCUCUUAUCAGAAACACGCGGAAAUCUCGGGUGAUUUGGAGGUAUCACUGGACUAUGAUUCGGCCAAUUCACGUCUGGCAGUUAUGGUCUGGGGUGCAAGAAAUAUCGCGGCUGUGGACAAGAAAGCAGGGACAAGUCAUCCAUACGCGAAAGUUUAUCUCUAUCCGGAUCCGGCAAACAAAACGGAACGAAAGAUACACUGUAAAGGACACACGUGUUCUCCUUCAUUCAACCAAGGUGUAUGCUAUUCGGUCUCCCCGUCCGAGUUGUUUGAAAAAACACUGGUUGUCGAGUUGUGGCACAGACGCAAAGGGCGUGGUUCAAAAACAUUUCUGGGCGAGAUCACUGUUCCCCUACGAAAUCACAAAUGGGACAAUACGGAACGGACAAGGUUGGCAUUGGAACAGAAGCACAGCCCCACGACCCCGAUCAUGGAACCGGCUUAUCGAGGUGAUUUGAAAGUACGGCUCAAAUUCAGUAUGAGCCAAAAUCAUCGAUUCAUUUCACAACUAAAUGCCGGUGCGACUAAUUUCCCCGGCACACUGGAAGUGACCGUACAGGAGGCGAAAAAUCUGAUGUCCACUUCAACCGGACCGAAUGUUUCCGCAUUUGUGCGGGGUGAGAUUCGUGCCGAUCACCUCCACUUCGAUCCACAACAGACAGACGUUGUUCCCAAGACGAGCCAUCCGGCCUGGAAUACGGUAUUUCGAUUCCCGGAUCUCACACAGAAUGAUUUGCGCGUGAUCGAAUUACAACUUUCCUUAUGGCACAGAACCGGAUUGACAAAAGCUCCACAACUUUUGGGCGGUGUUCGCCUUAGUUACAAACCAGGUAGAUAG